AUGGCAGGUGCUAGCCCCAGAAAGGCAAAGCGGUCUCCCAGGCAAUCCCCUCGAGUCCGGGCAAAAGCAGGUUCCCCUGGCGUGCGUGCCAAGGCUCCCCAUGAGAGUGUCAUCCCUGCCAGUGUUUUCUGGAGCGGUGCGGAGACGGCAUUGCCGCCCAAGGCGACUGUUUCUGCGAGCUCGAGUACUUUGGGUUCGGAUUCAAGAAAUACAGGUGCAGCAGAGGCACUUGAAGCUCCUGUGCCAUUGGCAACGGUGGAUCUUUGGGAGGCUCAAGGUGGUGGCACAACUAUCUCAACUCCAAGGACUCUGACUCCACCUCAAGGACAGGUGCGCGUGCCCUUGCAAGCGUCUGAAGCAGAUGUCGAGAAGGUUGAGACUUCAUCAGAGGCUUCGAAGGAGUUGGCGACGGCAUCCACAUUGCUGGCACCCGGAGCUGGAAGCCCAGCCUGGAGCAUGUCGCGGCAGACCUGGUCUCCACGGGUGUCACCUGUGAAUCGAACAGCAGCUUCCACAUGGACAGCGCUGCCUUCGCGGCAAAGCUGGUCACCGCGUGUGGGUGGAGCCUCGGCUGGAACCACACCGUUCCCCCCCGGGCCUCGAGGCGAGUUGGAAAUGGUGAAGACCACAACGGCUCCAACCGUUCCAAGCUUAGAUGGCAAGGGAUGGCAUGAAGACUACCACAUCUUCGCAUCACAAAAUUCCGGCCAAUGGCGCUGGCAAAAGACGAUUUGCUGGGAAAGCUCGCUGUCGCUUUACUCAAAGCAGAAGGGCUGUUGCAUGAAACAUCUCAUUGGGACUGCCUUUGAGAAGUUCAUUGGGAACGGACAGGCAAAGAACCUGUUCUUCAAAGUGCCUUCAGGCGGAGGUGUCUUGAAGAAUCGAUUAUUCUUGGUGUGCGCGCUGGUGGAAACCGAAGUGGACAACAAGGCUCUCUCAGGUCGUUUGGGGAUCAAGCAGUCUGCACCUUUGAGAUUUGCUUCAGAUGACAUUUUUGAUGAUGUGCUGCAGAUUCCAAAAGGCUCAGUGAAUCCCUUCGUUCUGGCGCAGCAAUCUUGCUCUGAAGUCUUUCUCCUCCUGGACAAGAAAUUUCAGACAUGUGAAGGCUUGUUGUUCCAUCCCAUGCAGAGUGACUUUACGACGUGUCUCACUCCGAAACAGCUCGACGCAUUUCUGGAAAGGGCAGCUCCAAAUCGUUUUACGUACAUUGACCUCUCAUCGAGCGACAAGAUUGAUGUGCCACCAAUGGUGCCGGCACCUACGACAUCGAAACCAUCGAAACCUACGCAGCCACCCGCAGUCGCGCCAGUCGUCAAGGACAGUGGAUCCAAUGGCUGGUACAGCAAACCCUACGAGACUGUUAUGGGUUGGACUCUGUGA